AUAAUGAAUUAAAUUCUCAAUGACUUAUUUGUCCUUCGAACAUUAUUUGCAAAAUGAAGUCAAGGACUUAUUUGUCCUUCGAAAUUUAUUCCCCUUCUAGCGUGACACUGUAACAGACAUCUGGACACCGUUUCAGUCAUAUCAGCUAGUUCUGUUUGGUGUAUGAAAGACAAAUAGACAGAAGGAUUAAAUUGUUCUUCGUUUGUUAAAGUCAGGGACAUUUUUGUAUUUAAAUUUUGUCAUAGAUGUAUUUGUCUCUAUAUGCCCUUUUUCCUUAAAUUAAUUGAAAUUUUUAGAUUUAAACCAUUCAUUAAUCAAUGCAUUCUUACGAUGAAAAUCACGCUCAUUUUGGGCCAACAAAAAAAACAUGGUAAUCCAAUUCUAACACAGCUGUGUCAUGAGUCACAUACCAAACAGUCAGAUCCAUUUAAUUUAAUCCACCAAACAAACGAAACGACGUCGUUUUGUUAAACCCCAGUCCCCACUUCUUUCUUUUUUCAUUCAUAGUUUCAUUUCAUACUAACCGAAAAACUGAACCAAAAACCCUUCCAUCCCAAAAAAAAAAAAAAAAAACCGCCAUGGCUCCGAUCACCGCCAUUCUUCUCUUCCUCCUCCUCUCUCCGCUGCUCACCACUUCCUCCCUCGCCGGAGAACCUACCGCAUACGAGGCUCUCGCCAGCUACGAUUUCCCCUCGGGAAUUCUCCCUGAAGGCAUAACCGGCUACGAACUCGACGAAUCCACGGGCAAAUUCCGCGCGUUCCUAAACGGAACCUGCAGCUUCUCUCUGGAAGGUUCCUACGAGCUUAGCUACAAAUCAACGAUCAGUGGCAUUAUCUCGAAAGACAAGCUAACGGAGCUCAACGGCGUCUCCGUUAAGGUCCUCUUCUUCUGGCUUAACAUCGUCGAGGUCGUGCGUAACGGCGACGAGCUCGAUUUCUCCGUUGGAAUCGCCUCCGCUUCGUUCCCGCUUGAUAACUUCUUCGUGUCGCCACGGUGCGGUUGCGGAUUGAACUGCGACGACGAAUUCCGAAUGAGGAAGCUUAAGUUGAGGAAUCCAUCGGUUUCGUCAUCGUAGAAAUUAAAAAAAGGAAUAAGGAUUGGAGCAUUUUCGAUUUUCACUGCAAUGCUCUUUCUAGAUCUGGCAUUUAAACCACAGAAUAAAUACAGUGUAGUGGUUUUGCUUAGUGUCUUGAAGAACAGGACUAUUAUAAUGGCAUGUUAAAUUGCAAUUGUAGCUUAUAUUAAUCAAUUUGUAUGAAGGGGAUAUGGGAAUCAAUCACUGAUGUUUUAUUCUGAUGGAGGUUGUUUACCUGUAUACCAUAGAUCUUGUUACAGUAAUUUCGGUUUGAUACACUAUGCAUAAGCAAAAUCUGAAAAUUGUUUGAUAUGCACAGUAUUGGAAAAUGGAAAUUCUCUGGAUAAGCAACUUAGUUGUAGUGUGGCACAGGGAGGUUUUGAGAAAAAUUCUCAAACUUAUUUUAGAAUAAUAGUGUAUAUAAAGUGUGAAAUAGUAAUACAACUACUUAUUAGAAAUCAGAAAUGUCAAAAUGUAGUUUGUCAAAAUCUGUUUGUUUGGUGGAGAUGACUUAAUAAUACAAUAAAGAUAGUGUACAAAGUGUUGUGGAUCAAAUAUCUGGAAUUCCAAAUAGUGUAAACUUCAUUACGUUUUGGUGCUUGCUUAAUGCAAUAAUGAUGGACCUAAAAACUACCCAUAUUUUGCUAAUUACUCGCAUAACCCGUUCACCAAUAUCAAGUUUUGCAAUCGUUGGGCAAGCUUGAAAUGCAACCAUCUUUGCUAACUUAACAUGAACUCGGGGGCUUGAAGCUUGCCUGGACUAUGGGUUUUCGAAGAUUGGAGGUAGGAGAUGCAGCAGUGGUAAUGAACUUGAUCAAUGGAGAAAGAAACCUCCGCAAUCACCUCGAUGUUCUUGUUUGAAGAAUUGAUGAGCCGAAAAGUAGAAAUUAGUGUUUAUUUUUUACAGGUUUACAGAGAGAACAAUA